UUCACCAUCUUGAUCAGUGUCUAUUUGAUUUGUCUCCUAUAUAUACACAGCUUAUCUGCUAUAGCUAUUGCGGGAAAGCUAACUAUGUUGAAGACCCCGCGCACCACGCCGUACUUCUGGUGCAGCAGGUCCUCCAUAUGAUGUUGCGAAUACCAAGACAAAGACCACCGUCGCGAAACCUCCGCCUAGAAUGACCAAGCUAGGGCGUGUCAAGAAGUCUACUGGAGCACGACGUGGCCCGUCGAGGACUUCUAAGAAAGACCCGUGGAGGGAAGAGCAAUUGACAACCAGCACAAAUUCGCCUCUCAUUCAUCUUGACCUCGUCAAACUACUAGCGGACCCCAGGACAUGGACCUGUCUCGAUGAAGAUGAGAAGAAGGAAAUCAUAGCUCUACUUCCUGAUGAGAUACAGCGGCAUGCUGACCCGGGCCCAAAUUCCGAAGGCCAAAAAGAUAGUGGUGCACAUGUCAUUCCGCCACUCCCUGAAUCCUUUGUGCGCUAUUCUAAUAACUGGCGUGAUGCUGUGCGCCAAUUCCAGGCCGACUUGGAGACGGGCAAGUAUGAUCCAGAAUGGCAGCGCCAGGCAGCAGAAGCGAUGGAAGAGAGAGCGCAGGGGAAGUUCGAUAAGUUCAAGGAGGACCAAUUCGAGGAGUUCUGGGGACAGAAACAGAAACUUGACUAUGAUGUUAUUGCGGGAGAAAGUAGCAGGGUGAAGUUGGGGACUUUGGUUGAGAAUGGUGUCGUUAGAGUUGGUGAUGUCUGGAGAUAUUCGAGGUCGUUUGGCAGGGGACGUGAAAAGCUGCUGCUCGAGAAGGAGGUUCGGAUUGUGGACAGAGAUGGCUCUACUCUCACUUUCGCAAUUCCUCCUGGCCAGCGUGUAUUUCUAUGUGAUAAUUCUGACAUGGCCCCGAAAUCUUCGCGCGAGAAUAUUCAGACGGAAACUAUCGACACAGAAGCUAUCGACACAGCGCCAAACGGAGUAAAUAAUGGCUCUUCGCCAGCUGAACAAGCUUCUCAGGAGGGCCAGGUUGGUCCAAUAUCCGACCCCGUUACAAGUUCAAGGCCUGAUGGGACCACUCCCAAUGGAUAUGUAAAUCCGACAUUAGAUACUCCGCCUACGGUUGCUGACAACCAUCUUGCCAGUGAAUCCAUGGAGGGCACAGGUUUUGACCGUACUGAUACACCAGUAAAAUCUUUGAGCCCCGCCGCUGGGCCGGAACCCAUGAAUGUCGAUAACUGGUGUGAUAAUAUACUUCCAGGAAUCUAUGAGAUGGCUUCAGCUGAUUCCGACUCGGGGCUGUCAUCAGCAGUAGAUAUGUCCUCUCCCCUAUCUUGGAGGGAGGAAACGAAGUUUCCGGCCACUGGCGCAACGGACAUCGGAAUCACUGCUACUGAACUAAUCGCGGAAGCCUUACAGAUGGAUACGACACUAGAUGAAAAACCUGUCGUGGAUCGCUUGAGCGAUCCACCUUCCGACGUACCGGCGACAGCUAAUGGCGGUGAUGCCAUUAACGCUGGUGCGGAGGCUGGAGUCAACGAUGUCCAACUGAAAGGCCCCAUGGAGUCAGUUCCACCGCGCUCUCAGUCUCCUGCGAACUCUGUUGUCAAUGGUGACACGACGGAAGCCACACUCGCUGCUGGAGUUCCAGCCCUUUCCAAGCACGAAACGACAGCGGAGCCCACAGGUGAAACUACCGCUCCCACCGCACCAGAACCUACAUCGGAACAAGCCCAAGAAUCCAUUCCCAAAGACAUAAUAUUCAGCGGCGUUUCCGGACCUGGCCGUCUCUCUAACAAAAUCCUAGAAAUUGACGGCCGUAUCACUCAGCCUCCCAACGGAAACGCCUGGAAAGAGUUCCGCUGUUACAGGGAUAACCAGGAUAUAGGAAGCUUGUGGGAGUGCAGGCAGUCGUGGUUUGUGAGGAACAAGUGAUGGGGCAUGAUGAACUGAAAUGUUCUUCAGCCUCUUUUUGCUUUUUAACAUUUCCGAUCCCUAGCCAUCCUGUCCUCCUCAGGUUGCAUUUAUAGUGCAGGUGAAUAAUCCCCGUACCACCCUCCCAUCAACUUGGUCUAUCAAAUAUGCAUUGAUAAACGCUCAAUGAGCUUUGAUCCACCACGAUCUUGGCAAGUACAAUCCUUUACACUGCCCAAACUCUUUCUUUUUUCGCGACCUUUAUUUUACUUCAUAUUUUUUGCAAAAUUCCUCUUCUUUUUUUCACUUUCUUUCUCUGGAACUCGCGGGAUCCUGAAGAUCAUUUUCAAUGUAUCAUGUGGGCACGGGAUCUGAUAUUUGUACUGGACAAUGCUGGCGUUCUUUAUGAUUGAAGAACAAAACCUUUGCAUCGCAAAUCAUAAAUUUUUGCCACUUAGAUGUAGAAUAGCCACCGGGAAACUUCAUUAGGGUUAUUUAACUGUCCUUCCCGGUUAAUGGGGAUUUGAGAUCAAUUAAUGAUAUACCACAAUACCUUCCUC